AUGGUCUUUGAAUCACCAGCCUGGGCGCGAGCGCUCCCUUCGGUGCCACUCCCAGACAACAUCACAGUCGAAGAUUUCAUGUAUUCUGAACAAUAUGGCCGCAAAUCAUUGCAAUUCUCUCGUAAUCCAUACACUUGUGGUUUGACGGGUCAUACCUAUACUGUUGCUGAGGUCAAAGAAAGGGUCGACUCUAUGGCGAGGGCCAUAGCAAAACGACUCGAUUGGAGUGUUGCCAAUGGCACGGAAUGGGACAAGGUGGCCUGCGUCUUUUCAUGGAAUACGAUUGAUUACGUCCCAUUGACUCACGCCUUGCAUCGUCUCAAUGCCAUUGUUACCACGGCGAACGCCGCUUAUAGUGCCUCUGAACUCACGCAUCAACUUCGUUCAACAAGUGCAAAAGUCUUGUUCACAUGCAUCCCUCUUCUUCCUGUGGCAUUGGAGGCAGCCGCCGCGGCAAAUAUCUCUAAAGACCAUAUUUUCAUCCUCGAUAUGCCUGGUCAGAUAAAUAAUAGCCAGUUUAUCGCUCUAUCUACGUUGAUAGAUGAGGGAAGACAGCUCGCUUCCCUUCCCCCGUUGCGAUGGAUAAAGGAGCAAGGAAAACGACAGGUUGCUUAUAUUUGCUUCUCAAGCGGAACUUCUGGACUUCCGAAAGGUGUGAUGCUAUCUCACUACAACAUCAUCAGUAACAUUGCUUUGCAAGUUGCGUACGAGACUUACGGGCGGAAACUAGCUGGGGUUGAGACGCAGGUCGGGCUGGGUCUGCUGCCAUUCAGCCACAUCUAUGGUCUAGUCAUCAUUUCCCACAUACUACCCUGGCAAGGUGAUGAAGUCGUGGUCCUCCCAAGAUACAAUUUAGGCCACAUGCUCGCAGCCAUACAGAAGUACAAAGUUCGUCACCUGCCGCUUGUCCCGCCUGUCGCUAUCCAACUGCUUCAGAAUAAAGAGAAAUGCGACUCAUAUGACUUGAGUAGUAUAGAAUGGGUCACUUCAGGUGCUGCACCACUUGGUUCCAAAACCAUUGAGAGUAUACAGCAGUUAUGGCCCAAAUGGAAAGUUGGGCAGGGAUAUGGUUUGACAGAGAGCAGUCCUUCUGUUUGCACCACAAGCGAGCAUGACAUUCUCCCCGGCACAUCGGGGUCCAUCAUUCUCGGGACCCGAUGCAAGGUUAUCGAUGAAGAUGGAAAGGAAGUGACUGAGCUCGAGAAGCCAGGUGAACUCUUCGUCCAAUCUCCAAACAUCUGCCUCGGCUAUAUGAACAAUGUCAAAGCUACAGCAGAGACGUUUGUGUGGGAUGAGGACGGCCGAUGGCUUCGAACAGGUGAUGUUGUUGUCGUACGCCUCUCGCCUCUUGGUACAGAGCACGUAGUCAUCGUCGACCGUAUCAAAGAGCUCAUUAAAGUUAAGGGGAAUCAAGUGGCUCCCGCGGAGCUCGAGGCGCAUAUUCUUUCUCAUCCCUUCGUUGCAGAUUGCGCAGUCAUCCCUGUUCCCGACGAUUUCGCUGGAGAAGUGCCCAAAGCCUUUGUGGUGAAAGAUGUUAGUACGGGUAAUAAGCCUGACGAAGAGGUAAAGACUGCAAUUUGCAAAUAUGUUGAGAGCCACAAGGCAAAGUACAAGUGGCUUCAGGGAGGUGUGGAGUUUAUUGAAGCCAUUCCGAAGAGCCCCAGCGGUAAGAUUCUUAGACGGAUCUUGCAAACGAGAGAGAAGGGCAAGUCGGCGGGGGUUACAUCUAAGCUCUAG